GACGGCGUCGCGGCGAGACACUCAAGCGGUCUGGUCGGCUUGAGCGUAACGCCGACACGCCGAGUGGUUCCAGAAACCAAAGCCCAGUAACCGCUACGCGUCGUCACUCUCGCGGUCUCGACUCGUCCGUCCGUCCGUCCCCACCCAAAGCGCACGGCACGGCGCACUGUCGCUGUCGCUGUCGCGGCCGAGGAAAUCGAAGCUGCGAGCAACGCGAUCGAGCGCGGCGCGGGUGAGAGCCGUGAGGGAGGGCCUCUGCCGAUACGGCUGGCGGCAUGGAGAGCACCGUGCUCGCCUGCGAGGCGCCAGCCGGCGGCGCCGCCGCGGCGCCCGGAGCGGGAGGAGGGGACGGAGGAGCCGGGGACGUGGUGAUGCUGAGGCGGUCGUCCCUCGCGGCGUGCCUCACGUGCCCGCUCUGCGGCCGCCUCUUCCGCGACGCGGCCACCAUCACCGAGUGCCUCCACACCUUUUGCAGGAAGUGCAUAUCAGAGGAGUUCAUAAAUAAGGAAGUGUGUUGCUGCCCUAUUUGUAGCAUUCAUUUGGGCUGUGCUCCAUUGGAGAAACUCAGAAUUGAUCAUAGCCUACAGUAUGUAAGGUCAAAGGUAUUCCCUUUUAAAAAACAAAAGGUUGAGGACCCAGAAGUCACAUCGCCAAUUACAUCACCUAUCAAGACGAAAGAACGAUCUUUAUCUUCGUUGACAAAACAUGCUCCCCAAAUGUCUAUGCAAAAAUGCUUGACAAAGAGGAGAACAAAAGCUUCAUGCUUACGCAAACUCCCUUUGCACUCAACCUUGCGGGGCAGUAGUAAUAUCACAAAAAAAUCUGGGGGAUGGAGACCUUUAGGGUGUCACUUUCGAGCAGCUAAAAACAAAAAGUCUCUUCGAUCUAAAUCAGAAGAUGUAAAGACAGCUGAAAAAAAGACUGGUGAUCCAGGUGAUAUAACUCUUGCCAGUCAAGCAAAGACUAAGAAGCAGUUUACAAGACGUGGAAAUCUGGAGAAGAGAACUGGAACCAAGAAACUAUUGAUUUUAAAGGAGAAACAGAAAAAUACAAAGCCAAAGGAUAUUCCUAAUAAGAGGAGAUUGCAAGCAUUAUGGUUCUACCUUCUUGCUGCUUUUGACCAGAAAGGACAGCCUCCUCUACCGCAGAUACCAUCAAAAUUUUUGAGGAUCAAGGAUGUAAAUUUGCCUGCUUCCUUCAUACAGAAAUACCUUGUGCAAAAACUUAAUCUUUCAAGUGAAGCUGAGGUGGAGAUACUCUGCGGCGGCAAACCAGUGAGCCCAGGAAUUACCCUGCACGACCUAGCAGAUUACUGGAUUGACAAACGACCAAAGGGCCGAGUGCGAUCAUCUGUGGGCACACCUGCGGCUGAAUUCGUGCUGAAGGUAUUUUAUGCCAGGUCAGGAGUGCCCCUUCCUGAAACUGAAAACAACAAAGAUUGAUGGAGAGCUUCCUUUCGUUUCAGAAGCAGCAGGGCAUCGUUUCAUUCAUAGGAGCCAUUGGUUAAGGAUAUCUUAGCAUGUACAUAGGUGUUACUAUUAUAUUUCCUUUAUUUAGUUCAGUGCAUUUUUACUGCUUAUUUUCCACUGACAAAGUGUGUACCUAGGCUGUGUAAUUAUAAUUGGAUGAGCUGUCGACUUGUUGAGUGAGCUUGUGCUGUAAGCAGGGGACCAGUCGUCCUCUGCAUGAGUCUAGGCUGAUGUAUAGUGGAGUUGGUUGAUUGCACUGGAAAUUGUCACUGAUUCUGGAUGUGGCAUAACAUAUUGAGUAUUGUUUCAGGGCAUUUGGUGUUGAGUUUUGCCAUUGUGUUAAA